GAGCUGUUUGGCAUCUUCCCACAGCUGAGCAUUGUACUCUUGACCAAAACGAACAUUAAACAGUACAUAUUCAGAAGAAUUCUCUAGCUUUUUCUAGCAAUUGUGGUUCAGCCUUCUUUAAAUAUUAAGAUGGGUGUAGCUGAAAAAAUCAUCUUUGGUGUCUUAAUCUUACAAGGUGUUUGGUGUGGAGAUUGGAGCGUCAUUCUUCCAAACAGAACUGUAGCUCUGAAUGGAUCAUGUGUGACCAUAAACUGUAGAUUCGAUAUACAAGACAAUUUUGCCAACGAUCUUACUAACAGUGCUGUGGGAAAGUGGCUUAAAGACGGGACAUCGCAUGACAAAAUAGUAUUUGAUUCCAGCAAUUCUAACAGCAGGAUCAAAGGGGAAAUAACUGGAAAAUUGGUACACAAAGACUGUACCACCGUCUUUUCUGAUUUUACUUCAGAUCUCAAAGGCACCUUUUAUUUCAGAAUAGAGGGCAAUGGUGGUCUGAAAUAUACCUAUGUCCAAAAAUAUGUUUCCCUAGAUGUGAUUGAGUCUCCCCCCAACCCAACAGUAAAGAUGUUUAUUGGGCAGAUUGAGGGUCAGGAGGUGUUAGAGGGGAAGGCGGUGAGACUGUGCUGCUCUGCUAUCACUCUCUGCUCCUCUUCUCCACCAACUCUCACAUGGAGAUCCACUGACAGACUUCCCAUAAAUGACAGCAGACAACAACAGAAUCAAACUGAGAUCAUCUCUGAUCUGAACUUCACUGCUUCUCAUCUUCAACAUGGAGUCACUUUCAUCUGCAAUAUAACCUACCAGCUACAGAACAGGAACGCAACAGCACAGAGCAACAUCACGUUACGUGUUCUGUAUGCUCCUAAAAACACAUCAGUAUCUGUGUUUCCAUCUAACUCUGUACUGGAGGGCACUUCAGUAACUUUGACCUGCAGAAGUGAUGCAAAUCCAGCAGUGCUGAACUACACCUGGUUCAGAGAGAAUGGAGGACGCCUGGAGCAGCUACAGACUGGACAGAAUCUAACCUUCAAUGUGACUGAUCGAACACACACAUCCUACUGUCGAGUGGGAAAUCAACAUGGUACACAAAACACAUCAGUGUUGCUGGACAUCCAAUAUGCUCCAAAAAACACAUCAGUAUCUGUGUUUCCAUCUAACUCUGUACGGGAGGGCACUUCAGUAACUUUGACCUGCAGAAGUGAUGCAAAUCCAGCAGUGCUGAACUACACCUGGUUCAGAGAGAACAGAGGACGGCUGGAGCAGCUACAGACUGGACAGAAUCUAACCUUCAAUGUGACUGAUCGAACACACACAUACUACUGUCGAGUGGGAAAUCAACAUGGUUCACAAAACACAUCAGUGUUGCUAGACAUCCAAUAUGCUCCUAAAAACACAUCAGUAUCUGUGUUUCCAUCUAACUCUGUACUGGAGGGCACUUCAGUAACUUUGACCUGCAGAAGUGAUGCAAAUCCAGCAGUGCUGAACUACACCUGGUUCAGAGAGAACAGAGGACGGCUGGAGCAGCUACAGACUGGACAGAAUCUAACCUUCAAUGUGACUGAUCGAACACACACAUACUACUGUCGAGCGGGAAAUCAACAUGGUUCACAAAACACAUCAGUGUUGCUGGACAUUCAGUAUGCUCCCCAAAUCUCUAAUUCUUCCAGUUUUACUCUUGGGGAUGUAAUGGCGUGUUCAUGUGAGGUUCAUGGGAAUCCCUCUCCUAAAGUGGAGUGGCAUCUAUCUGGACAUUCUGUCAGGAACUCCACAAACACAUUCAUCAGCGAGGAACGAUUGAGCAGCACAUACUUGAGGAGCAUCAUCACUCUACAUCACUCACUCACAGACACUUUGCUGUGCGUCGGCACCAACAGUCAUGGAACUACCAGUCAACAGUUUCGAUUGAGUCCUCGGGAGACUGAAUGUUUUAAAAUCUGCUGCCUGCUGUUUGGAUUUGCUGUUGGGGCUUUAGCUAUAGGGAUCCUGUGGGUCACAACACACAUUUACAAUAGAUUCUGCAAGACUGGACAACAUGAUAAAACUGGACUCGUUCUAAAUGAUGAGGCUGUUUUACAGGAGAAGGAUAAACAUGUUUAUGGCAAUCCAAUCGUGCUGUCACCUGCUGGAGACGCUACACCGAACGAUCCAGAAUCCCUCCAUUAUUCCACCAUUAAAUUUACAAACACCCAAACAAAGUACGGAGAGAUCAGAUGUGUCUCCUCACCUACCACAGAAUACGCUGUGAUCCAACGUUAUGGUCAAAUGUCUUGAGGGGAGAUGCGGAUGUGAAGCAAGUUCAAUUACUUACUCUCUUGACAUUUAAAACCUGUUUGACUUCUGCAGAACACAAAAGAAGAUAUUUUGAAAAAUGUUGGUCACUAGCACCAAUUAGGCACCAAUUUGUGUCCAAUUAGGAGUGAAUGGGUGUGGCACUGUUCGGUUACCAACUUACUUCAAAAUAUCUUCUUUAUUACAGGUUUGAAAUGACAACUGUGAGUAAAUGAUGCAAAUUCAGGUGAACUAUCCUUU